GAUUUACAGUAAAUACCAAGGUUGUUCUGCAAACGAGGUCUCAAACUCUCAAGCUCUCUCUCUCUCUUUCUCUAGAAUAGGGGUAUUUGGCGUUUCAAUUACUACUCAUCGAUAGCGACUGACCCAGACCCAUUCUUCUCCAACAAUUGCGAUUCUCCAAGAGCUUUCGAUGCCGUACGCCACCGCCUAACCCUCACGGGCGAGACGAUUUUAGCUAAGUAUAUCGCUCUACUCCAUGGCUCUCUCCCUUGGGAAGCUCACCAUUCUGGUUGGUGCAGGUAUCAUUGGGUCAGUUCUUGCAAAAGAGGGAGGAGUAUCGGAUUUAGUAUCUGGUGCUUUCAAGAUUGCAUGGAGGCAACUUAAACAAGAUGAUUCUAGCGCACCAGUAAAAAAGCCUCGCAAUGACUUGUUGUUGGCUCAGGUCAACAGCUUAAGGCAGGAGCUGCAAAUCUUGGCUUCCAACAGAUCAGUCACAAUUAUAAAUGCAAGUCGAACUGGUGGCAAAAAGUAUGGUGUAAUUAUUAUUGUAUUUGUGGCAGGAUGUGGCUAUAUUUGGUGGAAGGGGGGAGGGGGACUAUCUGGUUUGAUGGUUGCAACUCGGCGUAGCUUAUCUGAUGCUUGUUCAUCUGUUGAGAAAAAGCUUGAGAAUGUUUACUCGUCAGUUUCGGCUACUAAGCGAAAGUUAUCUUCCCAAAUAGAUGGUCUAGAUCGUGGUUUGGAGGAGUGUCUAGAAACUACUGGUAGGACAAAAGAGGAGGUUUCUGGAUUACAAGGAAGAACAAAUACAAUUGGUGAGGAUGUUAGAUCUGUUCAUAAUGCGGUCCGAGCUAUGGAAACUAAAAUCAAUAGCAUAGAAUGGAAGCAGAAUCUUACUAAUGAAGGAGUUAGGAGGUUGUGUGAUGUUGCCCAAAGUAUUGAAAAUGCCAGAACCACAGAAGUUCAGAAAAUAUCAUCCAGCUCCUCAAGGCCAGCGCUUGAAGCACCACCAAUUUCUCCGGCAAGGACUGAGUCUUUACCACCACUUUUGAUGUCUCAACCGGAACCAAUGUCUUCCCCUGAUUCCAGUAUUUCAGACAAGGAUGUUGAUGGAAUUUCAGAAUCUGUGGAGUCAUCAACCGACCGUGGGGUUGUCAAUGGGAUCGGUGCUGUAGAAGAUGUGAAUGUUGGAGCUUCUAGUGGUGGGCGGUUUAGGCUGAGAAUGCCAGCCAUUAGUGCCUCAUUUUUAACAAGAACCCGUAGUGCAACAAGUGGUUUGCUACAACAAACGCGUUCAACAGCAAUUUGAAUACUCAGAUGAUGAUAUUUUGCAUGUAGUCAUACACAAUAAAAUCAAUAAGAAACAAACAUUAUUAGACUCUUUAGGCCGGCUAUUCUGAGACCCUCCGACCUCCAAAUAUAGGAAGUGCCCAAGCCAAAUUAAUGGACUGGACAGGAUACUGAAUUUUGUAGAGCAGCCUGUACUUAUAAUUUCUUAUUUAGGUUUUUUUUCCCUUUAAAGGUGUAAUUAAAAUUAAUUUUUUGUUUUUGCAGCCUCUGUAUGAACUUUGGCUAAUGAAAGGGGAUGGGGAAAGGGAAAGGAAAACAACGGGGGGACACAUUUAUGAUUUUA